AUGCUGCCACCGAGCUCUAGGGAUCCAUUUUCCCAAGGAAACAGAAUACCUACCCAUCUGGCAGCAGCCUCCCCUCUGUUGGCCAGUACUUCCAACAAUGGGGCGGCAUGGUGGUGCAUGUCUCUCCUGGCACUGCAGUUUGCCUGUCAACCCAUCUUAACCAAGUCGUUUGUUACCACCAAGCUCGUGCGAACGACCUAUGUUGUGGCACAAGACAUGCUGCGAUUUCUGGUCUGUGCGUGUGUCUUGACUCUCACUUCAAGUUGGUCGCACGUGGCGGGGCAGUGGUCGGUUGCAAGCUCCUUGGUUGGUGCGGGGUUACCUGCCUCUUUAUAUGCCAUUCAGAAUUACUGCAGCCUCAUGGCGUACCAAAACCUUUCGCCAAUAUCUUACAAUGUUCUGAAUCAAACCAAGACUCUGUCGGCUGCCUUUUUCUGUUACGUGCUCCUAGCCAAGGCACAAUCCAAACUGCAGAUAUUGUCUCUCUUACUAUUGUUGGUGUCAGCUCUAGUGAUGGAAGAAGUCCUUCCCAUUCGACCAUUCCUGUUUGCCUCGACAGAGCAACAACAGCAACAAUCCACUGUGACGGCACCAAGCACCAGUCGCAAGAAAGAGAUAUCGCGGAAUCAACAUUUAACCAAGGGAGUUCUCCCCAUCCUUCUUGCUAGUUUAUUAUCUGGCCUGGCGGGCACAUUGAGUCAACAAAGUCUACAAGAACUGGGUCGCAAUCCACUAUUGUUCAGCAUGGAGAUUAGUGUCUUUUCUUCGCUCUUUUUGGUCCUGAGCAUGCUUACGGGUGGCAAUCCUGACGGUCAACGAAUCAAACAGGGCAUUGCCACGGGUUGGACCAAAAAGACGUGGAUCCCUUUGUGUCUCAAUGCCGUGGGCGGCAUCUUGGUAGGACUCGUGACCAAGUAUGCUGGCAGUGUACGAAAGGGGUUUGCAUUGGUGGUGGGCCUGUUGCUUUCGGGUAUUCUGCAAAACAUUAUAGCACUUCGCCAACAAGCCAGUGCUAGCAACAGCAGUGAAGAUUACGAGCAACGGGAUGGAGCCGUUUCCUUGGAGCAAUGGGCUGGUGGUGUGUUGGCAGCCGUUGCUAUUUGGAUGCAUGUAUCCUUUCCAACUUGA